AUGAGCGAUCAACAGGAUCCCGCACCUCUCAAGGAUCCAUCGAAUAAGGAGUCGACCCCCAACGCUCCUGGCAACCAAAAUCCAUCGUUUGCCAAGCUCGCGAGUGCUUGGGGUCCCUACAUACCUCCCGACACUAGCUACUACGCCAUAGAGUACGAUGACCCGGUCCUACUGGAGAAUAUCAAAAUGCUCAAAGAACUUACGGCUGAGUACGAUCAAGAUCCCACCGACCUUCUCGACGUUGUGAUGAGAGUUCCGCCUAGGCUGAGCAAGUCGAUGGUUCACCUGGUGGUUGGGCUCCUUCAACAGCAAAAGUUGCUCGAAAGUGUACUUAUGGUGACGGAGCUGCGUGCCGAGUAUGAUGCUGGGGCCAUCAGAGACACAAAGAACGGCCAAAGCGUGAAGAAGGAGAAGAAAAGGACAAAGACUAGAAAGUCGGCCAACGUCAAGAAAGACAACGAUAACGCUGAGAAUGGAGAUUUCGUGGCCUCCAAGGGUCCAGAGAAGAAGAAGGAGAAAAGCCAAUCGGAGGACAAGAUCAGCAAAAGUUCUGGGUCCGCCGAAAGCAAUGCUGCGGCCAAUACCAAUCAUCUGGCGGUCCCUAAGAGCAAAAGAAAGAAGUCGAAGAAGAAGAAGAAGGCUGUUAAAGCCACUGGGAUCGCUAAGAACAACCCAGAGCUCAAUACCGACAAGCCGACAGCCCCCUUGAACAUGAAGACCGCGGCAAAGGAUGGGGUUCGCAGAGGGUCCGAGACUAUUGAGGGUAACGCUAGAGCAAUCACCACAAAGUCGACAGUCUCUAAGAGCAAGAAGGACAAGGCGAAGGGGAAGAUUGACAGCCAUUAUGAGACUGUCAAGAACAAAACAGAAGCCAGCAUCGAACAGGAAGCAGCACCCAAGAGCAAGAACAAGAUGGCGAAGACCGACAAGAAAGACAGGGCUACAGAUACCAACGAACGCGCUGAGAUGACACAGCCCGAGAGUUCCACCGGCUCAUCAAAGACGCAGAACAACAAGAAGGUCGGGACUUGCCCCGAGUCUGACAAGGGUCAGGAGAAGGCAGAAGUCAGCCAGACAACCGGUGGUGGACUCUUCUCCGUCUUUGAGAUUGAGUGCAUGAAGAAAGUCCAGGGUCGCGUUGAACGCGGGAUCAAAGAUUGCCAGGAAGUGUGGACAGUGAUACAGAAAAUGGAGGAGGCAGUGGCAGAGUCGAAGCGGGCCAAAGCCAGAAAGAUGCAAGCCCAAGAGCAGGCGAAGUGCUCUGCCUAG